AUGUCUCUGUACAACCAAUGUUCCUCAGUAUCCCCAGGGACCGUGGUCACACUGGGAAGCUGGGCAUCCAAGGGGGUAGGGAGCAUGUUCCAUGUCCACAACAUCUUCUCCCCAGCAGAUGUCCUGAACCAUUGGGACUUGGAGACAAGCCACACUGAGAGUCAUGAUGCCCCUGAAGCCCAGAGUUCAGGAACUGUGGUGGGUGACGUUGCCCUGGGACCACACCCACCCAUCUGUCCCCUCUUCCCUGCCUGGUCCCCUGGUAUCCUGCUUUGCCCCGUCCCCCCUCCUACUCCUGAGACCUUCGUGGUCCUGCCCUCUGCCCUCCAGCCUCCCUCAGUCUCGGACUCGGCCCACGUCCCUUCUCUUAGCCCCUCCCCCUGCAUUCAAGCCCCCCUGGACCCCUGUUCGCGGUCCCCUGGACCCGGAUCCUCACUUGUCCCCUGUUCUGCAUUCAACCCCCCGCGAUCCCCAGACCCCUUCUGCCUCUCGAUCGAGCCCCAGCCCCCUGACCCCUUUAACCCAGCUGCCCCUCUGCCCCCCGUUCUGUAUCCAAGCCCCCUGGCCCCCCUGCGCCUCCUGCCGGGCUCUCCAGCUCCCCGGCCUUGGGCGCGCCCGGCCCGCGCUGACGCCGCCGCCUCGGCACCAAUGAGGCCCCGCGCGGCUGCCCCUCCCCCGGGAAGGUGUGCCCAGGUCUCCUCACCUGGAACUCCCGGCCGGCCCCUCCCUCGGCGGCCGCCGGGCCUGCGCGGGACUCCCGGGCGCGGACCCUCGCGGGCGGCAUGUGAGCGGCCGGCGGGCAGGUCGCCGCGGGUCGCCGGCCGGCAGGUGAGGGCGCGGGCGAGGGGCGCGGUCACGACCACCUGCCGGGCGGCCGGAAACGGGGCACGCGGGCCGCCUGGGGGUGCGGGGAGCCCCGGGCCGGGCAGGAAGGGGAGGGAGCCUGGGAACGCGCUCCCGAAAAGUGCGCUUCCGGCCGGCCUGCCGCGGAAGUGGGCGCCUGUCUGGGUGCUCGCCGUCCCCCGGGGUCGCACCGAGGCCAGGCGGGGCAGCCCCUGGGGAGGAUGGCCGAAACCCCCUUCUAGAAAAGUCCGUGGGACGUGCGUCCUCGUCCUCUUCUCAGCGGCCGGGCCCCUAGCACCGGCGGAAAGAGACCCAGGAUCCAGACUGAUGGAGGCCUCGGAGCCCCCGCACAGAGCCUUGACCCCCACCCCCACCAUCUUGGAGUUGGGCGAGACCUCUGAGGCUUUGCUGAGGGGCAGCCGGACCCCUACCCUGGAACCCAGAGCUACGGAGAGCCCUACCUGCGAGGGGGUAGAGGGCUGCAGACCCUCGGAUACCCUGUGGGGAGAGUUAAGGGAUGUGAGUGACCUCUCAACGGAAAGGGUGUCCCCAUCCCCCAAGGAAGAGGCUGCAAGUGAGGAGACAGCUGCUCCUGAAUCCUGGGCAGCCAACAGCCAGGCCAGGAGGCCUACUCACCCGGAACUCUGGGACCCGGGGGACAGUCUGGACAUGGUGUCUGUUCCCAGGGAACUGUUGGCAGGGGGUGCUGACCAGACGGAGGCUUCCCCAGGAAGCCCUGCUCCCAGCAGCUCCGGGCCACCCUGGGGGGAGCACCCUGCAGGGACCCCACUGCUCCUGGAGAAGACACAGGGGAGGUGUGAGCAAGUGGGGUGGGAGACGCAGGGACAGCUAGAAGUGGGGGUUCAGGGAGUACCGGAGCCAAUGGAGAAGCAGGUUAAUGGGAAAGGUGGGGAGGAGAGGCAGGAGGGCUUAGGCAUUAGGGAGCUGGGAGGCCUGAUUCAUGGCCCAUGGAGACCCCAGAGUCCAAGGCUUGAGGGUCCUGGAGAGGAACGGGUGUCACUGGAGUCAGAGGAGGAGGGGGUGGACACUCAGCCCGAGAAGCCGGAGGGGGUACCUGGGAAGCAGCAAAACCAGAGUUUGGGUGGGGAGGUGAUUCCAGUGGAGGGGUGGGAGGAGGAGGCUGGGGGCCAAACUGAGGGUGGGCUGAAGGCUGAGGAAGAGCAGGCCCAGCAAAGCGGUGUCACCUGUCUGGCUCCUGUGGCCCUAGGCACCUCUCCUCCCUGUGGCCUGUUCCCUGAGAUGGCUUGUCCCCAAACAAGGGCUCCCAGGACUCAGACAGACCCCUGGCUAAGGGACGUGUCCCCUCCAGCUCUGAGCCCUUCCUUGGAGCCAGGACAGACCCAUCUACCCAUGUCCCUACCCUGCCCCUUCCCUGAAGAAGAAACAUCUCAGGAAGGCCAGCAGGAGGAGCCUAAGCAGGGGACGGAGGCUAAGGAGGGCUCCACCUCCCCAUGGACACUGCCCACUGGCUCUGGGGGAAAGGCCCUUCCUGCUGCAGGGUCACCAGAAGAUUCCAAAGCCUUUCUCUGUAGGGCUCCUGAGACCCCCACAGGGUCCCCCACACACAGCCCCCCUGCCAGCCCUUCAGGGACGGCCCUGCACCCCAGAAGCAACUCCUUUCCUGGUCCCCACCGGACCGAGCUCCCGCCAGACCUGGUAGUUAGAUCCCUUUCUUUUUCUCACUCCGAGCUACCCCAGAGACCCCCCAAACCUGCCAUCUAUGGCUCUGUGACCCCAAGGCGGGACCGAAGGGGUGGAAGGGAUAACAACAUCCCCCUGGAGCCCACAGCAGCAUCACCCCCGACGAGGCAGGGUCCAGGGCUACCCUCCUCCCGGCACAGCUGGUCCCCUACUGCGAACCCACCCCUGGUCUCUGUAGAUGGGAGGGCCCCAAAGCCCCCACCUCCACUGCACAUGAGGCGCGUUCGGGCACCCACGCUGCAGCGAUACAGCCACCCACCCACCCUGGCCUUUGAUCCAGGGUCCCACGGACCCCUCAAGGACUCCGCUGACCACCAUCUGGUAGCAAGGCAGCUCUGGCCUCUGCCCUCCACACCGGAUUCCCCACCUCCUGCACAGACCUCUCUGCCCCCGAGGCAGAGAUACAACAAGCCUUUGCCCCCUACGCCCCCCGAUGCUCCACAGUCCGGGACUUCCGGCAGCACUUUUAGAAGCCUCAGGACCUAUAAGCCACUGCCCCCUCUCCCCACCCUGGACCCAGCCACCGAGCCACCCCCUCUGCCCCCCAAGCUUAGAAGCAGGAGCCGAAGCACUCAGGGGCCACUCAUGAGCACCGGGGGCCGAGCCAGGUCUGGGGCUCAGGAUUGGGCAGCUCCCUUGACCCCUUCUGCUGGCCGCACCUCCUGGCCUCCAGCUACCGGCCAGUCUGCUGACCCCUUGGCGCCCACCAGCAGGGGUAGGAAUGAGAUGACCCCCAGUAUGGCUUUCAGCAACAUAAUAAACCUUCUGAGCCCGUUGUCCCCCACCGCUGAGUGGUCCGCAGAGACGGGGUCCUGGCUUGUAGAGGAGCCAGAAAGCCCCAAUCGAGGACCCUCAAGAAGAAUGGUCCCCCAGGAGGGGACCAGCAACCUACGGGGAUUGGAACUGGGCCACACCAGACCACCAGAGAGACCUGGCCACCUCCCCUUAGAGAAGGCAUCCAGCUGGCCCCACCGGCGAGACCCAGGCAGACCCCCAGUGGGCGGCAGCGCAGGACCAGCCCCCGGGGAGGGGCCCAGCAAGAACAAGAGCUGGAACCGGCAGGGCCUGCGCAGGCCCUCCAUCCUGCCUGAGGGCACCUCAGAUACCAGAGGUCCAGCCAUGGAACACUUCCCUGGCCCCUCAGACGCCAUCGUUUUCCGGGAGAAGAAGCCAAAGGAGUCAAGCGGCUUCACUAGACGCUGCUCCAAACUCAUCAAUUCCUCCCAGCUGCUCUAUCAGGAGUACAGUGAUGUCUUCCUCAACAAAGAGAUCCAGAGCCAGCAGCGACUGGACAGCCUGGCCGAGACCCCCGGGCCUGCGUCCCCCCGGCAGCGCCGCAAGGCCUUCGUGUCCUCGGAGUCCUACGUGCAGCGCCUCUCCUCAACCUCUAGCAGCUCGCUGUGGCAGGAGAUCCCGGUGGUGCGCAACAGCACGGUUCUGCUGUCCAUGACCCAUGCGGACCAGAAGCUGCAGGAGGCCAAGUUUGAGCUGAUUGUCUCCGAGGCCUCGUACCUGCGCAGCCUGCACGUGGCCGUGGAUCACUUCCAGCUGUCCACCCAGCUCCGGGCCACACUGUCCAAUCAGGAGCAUCAGUGGCUCUUCUCCCGUCUGCAGGACGUGAGAGACGUCAGCACCACGUUCCUGUCUGACCUGGAGGAGAACUUCGAGAACAACAUCUUCACCUUCCAUGUGUGCGACGUCGUCCUGAACCAUACCCCCCACUUCCGCCGGGUCUACCUGCCCUACGUCACCAACCAGACCUACCAGGAGCGCACCUUCCAGAGCCUGCUGAAUGGCAACAGCCACUUCCGGGAGGUCCUGGACAAGCUGGAGAGUGAUCCCGUUUGCCAGCGGCUGUCCCUCAAGUCUUUCCUGAUCCUGCCCUUCCAGCGGAUCACCCGCCUCAAGCUGCUGCUGCAGAACAUUCUGAAGAGAACACAGCCCGGCUCCUCGGAGGAGGCAGAGGCCACGAAGGCACACCACGCCCUGGAAGAGCUGAUCCGGGACUGUAACAGUAACGUGCAGAGGAUGCGGCGCACUGAGGAGCUCAUCUACCUGAGCCAGAAGAUUGAAUUUGAGUGCAGAAUAUUCCCGCUCAUCUCGCAGUCCCGUUGGCUGGUGAAGAGCGGGGAGCUCACAGCCCUGGAGUUCAGCAUGACCCCAGGACUGCGGAGGAAGCUGACCACACGUCCUGUCCACUUGCACCUCUUUAAUGACUGCCUGCUGCUGUCCCGGCCCCGAGAAGGCAGCCGAUUCCUGGUGUUUGAUCACGCCCCCUUCUCGGAGGUCCGAGGGGAGAAGUGUGAGAUGAAGCUGCACGGUGCUCACAAGAACCUCUUCCGGCUCUUCCUGUUGCAUAACACCCAGGGUACCCAGGCCGAGUUCCUCUUCAGCACCGAGACUCAAAGUGAGAAGCUCCGUUGGAUCUCCGCGCUGGCCCUGCCCAGAGAAGAGCAGGACUUGUUGCAGUGUUAUGAGUCCCAGCAGGUGCAGUGCCUUCGAGCUUACAAGUCCCGGGAGAAUGACGAGCUGUCACUGGAGAAGGCUGACGUGGUGAUGGUGAUACAACAGAGCAGUGAUGGCUGGCUGGAGGGUGUGAAGCUGUCGGAUGGGGAGCGAGGCUGGUUCCCACUGAAGCAAGUGGAGUUCAUCUGGAACCCAGACGUGCGCGCACGAAACCUGAAGGAAGCGCAGCGUGUCAAGACUGCCAGGCUGCAGCUGGUGGGGCAGGAGGCCUAG